UCAAAUGAAACAACAGUAUUGAAGACGAACUCUUUCGAUCAAGAAUUCUUGCUGCCAUAAUCGGAGAAAACGGCAUUAAAAUUGGUUAAGGUUUUGAAGAGAAGACGAAAAUGGAUGCUGCCAAGAACAAGUACAGUAUAAUAGUACCAACGUAUAAUGAGCGCCUCAACAUUGCUCUCAUCGUCUAUCUCAUCUUCAAACAUCUCCGGGAUGUAGAUUUUGAAAUAAUUGUUGUGGAUGAUGGGAGCCCAGAUGGUACUCAAGAAGUAGUGAAAAAGCUGCAGACUCUGUAUGGUGAAGAUCGAAUUUUAUUGAGACCUAGACCUAAGAAGCUUGGAUUGGGAACGGCUUAUAUACAUGGUCUGAAGCAUGCCUCUGGAAAUUUUGUUGUAAUCAUGGAUGCUGAUCUAUCACAUCAUCCAAAAUACUUGCCAAGCUUCAUCAAGAAACAGCUGGAAACUGGUGCCAGCAUAGUUACUGGAACACGAUAUGUCAAAGGCGGUGGUGUGCAUGGAUGGAAUCUGAUUCGCAAGCUAACAAGUAGGGGAGCCAAUGUUCUUGCUCAGACUCUUUUGUGGCCUGGUGUAUCGGACUUAACCGGAUCCUUCAGGCUUUAUAAGAAAUCAGUGCUUGAAGAUGUCAUUUCCUCCUGCGUUAGCAAGGGAUACGUAUUUCAAAUGGAGAUGAUUGUUAGGGCUUCAAGAAAAGGCUAUCACAUAGAAGAGGUUCCAAUAACUUUUGUUGAUAGAGUAUUUGGAAGUUCAAAGCUUGGGGGAUCCGAAAUUGUAGAGUAUCUAAAAGGCCUUGUGUACCUUUUGAUGACUACAUAGACCUUGCUACAUAUAGUUCAUCGCAAGAAGUAACUGGCGAUCCAAGACAGAGACUCUGCGGCAAACAACUCUUUCUGCAUCUUCUUAGAAGUUACUGGCUUUAGAUGGCAAUCUUUUCCUUUCUUUUUUUCUUUUUGAGUAUUUUGGUUAACAAUAUUUACUGAGGAAUGUUUGAUGAAAUGAAAUGGGGAAAGCUAAUCUUUGCACUUUACAGAUUUUAGGAUGGAAAGUUAAGUUUAAAAACAGAAUGUGUGUUUCUGUGAUCUUUGGAAAAAAACCUAUCCUUGUAAAGAAAAUUUUAAUAACAUUUGCAUUACUACUUCAAA